CCGGUGACUCCGGUGCGAUCUAUCCCCGUCUUAUGAACCUCACACAUGUCCCACGUUACUCUCUCCUCGUUUCUUAAUCUUGAUUAGCAAGAUGAUGGUGGGUCCUAGCGGUACUAAUAUCUCCUCAGAAGCCCACGCGGUUCUGCCACAGCCACGCUCACGAAUUCCUCCCUCUCUCUGCCUCGUUCCUCGCUUACCUAUGUGACUCCCGCUGCCCAAAUCCACCACCAUGGACGGGGGAUCUCGCUGCCGAACCAUGCCGCCGCCGGCGGCGGCCUCCUGAUUGCUCCUCGCGCGCCACCCUGCCGGUCCACGCCCGCCUCCCCAUGCCAUGGACGGGGCCGGAUCCCGCUGUCCUCGACCCCUCCGGCACCGGAUCCGGCCGCCCCGCCCCCAGCGCAUCGGCCAGGCAUGGCGGAGGAGCAGUUCCUGGCUGCCGCCGUGGACGCUGCCACGAACGGCGGAGAGGCAGCCCUUCCUUCCCUUGCGUCUCAAUCGUUUCUGAACCCAAGAACGGCGGAGAGGCACGCCCGCGGUCCCCUGGGCUUAUCUAACAUUGCUUGUUUUUUAAUCUCGUACUGUGAUCUCGAUUGCUUGGAUCUUGUGAUUUUUUUUAGUACCAUCGUGUACUAUGUGUAGAUGCCAUGUACUAAUUUUUUUUUACCAUGUGCUGUGAUUUUCUUCCUGUUACGUGACCUACAAUUAUGAGUUACAGACGUGGUACUAAGUUUUGAUGGACGGUUACAUGACGAGUUAUUAAAUUUUGAUAAAUGUUUAUGCUGAUUUUUCUUCCCGGUACAUGACGUACAAUUAUGAGUUGAUAUACCCAGUAUACUGAUGUGGUACUAAGUUCUGAUGAAUGGGAACACGAUGAGGUACUAAAUUUUGAUGAAUGUUUGUGCUGAUUUUUUCUUCUCGGUGCAUGACGUAUAAUUAUGAGUUGAGAUACGCAGUAUUUACAGAUGAGGUACUACGUUUUUGAUGAAUGGUUACAUGACGAGGUAUUAAGUUUUUGAUGAAUGUUUGUGCUUUUUUUCCGUACAUAAAAGGUACAUGUGAUGUACAAUAUGAUGUACUCGUCUCAUAAAUUCAUGUACACGAUGUACUUAAAAAUUGAUAAGAUACAUGUCAUGUAUCAUAAUAUAAUUAAACUGAUAAGUUACAGUUCAUGGACCUGUAAAAAGUGGGUGUCUGAAAAAAAAAAGCUGUCAAGUUGUCUAAUUUAAAUCAUAGUGGAUUAGCUAAGAAGAGGAGAAAGAUAAAUAAAUGUGUGGUGAGAACGGUGGGUAGAUAGGCCCGGAGUCUCAGCCUCGGCGUUCGUGGAGCGUAGACUAUAACUAUAGCCACCGUUUGAAGGUUUUUGAACGCGCGUUCGCAUUCCCGCCGCUCCAGCCCAACCAGCAUGCGGCCGUACAUCCCCAAGGCAACCUUCGCCUUCUGCCACUCGCUCCUCUCCUCCCGUCUCCUCCCAGCCGCCGCCUCCCCGGCCGCGCCGCUCCUCCCCGUCCAGGCCCUGCUCACCACGACCGGCCUCUCCCCGCGCCACCCCGAUCUCUCCCUCGUCGCGCUCAACUCCUUCCUUCGCCUCCUCUCCCGCGGCGCCUCCUCCCAGGCCAGCCCGCUCCUCGCCCUCCGCCUGCUUCUCCUCAUGCUCUCCCCCUCCUCGCCGCUUCCCUACCCCGACCACCUCUCCUUCCCCUUCGCCCUCUCCGCCGCUGCCGCGUCCGCCGUCUCCCCGCCACCGGGGCCGCAGCUCCACGCCCUCCUCGUUAAGAACGCUCUCUUCCCCUCCGACCACUACGUCACCACCGCGCUGCUCCAGCUCCACGCGCCCCGCCCGGAGGAAGCGCGGAGGGUGUUCGACGAAUUGCCCAGGCGGGAGGCUAUCCACUACGACCUGGUCAUCGGGGCGUACGCGCGCGCUGGGAUGGCAUCGGAGGGGCUCGCUCUGUUCAGGGCCAUGUUCCUUGACGGGGUGGCCCCGGAUGCUGUCGUGCUCACGACGGCAAUCGCUGCGUGCGCGCAGUCCGGCAUGCUGGAGUGCGGGGAGUGGGUGCACCGGUACGUGGAGAGGAGCGCGCCGGGGCUGCUCGCGGACGCGUUCGUCGGGUCGGCGCUGGUGAGCAUGUACGCCAAGUGUGGUUGCUUGCAGGAGGCGGUGAAGGUGUUUGAGGGAAUGCCUGAGAGGAACGAGUACGUCUGGGGCACCAUGGUUGGUGCGUUUGCGGUGCACGGCAUGGCGAGGGAGGCAGUGGCGUGCUUGGAGAGGAUGGCAAAAGAGGACGGGGUGCGUCCGGACGGCGUGGCAGUGCUUGGAGCGUUGUCGGCGUGCGCACAUGCUGGCAAGGUUGAAGAUGGGCUCAGCCUUCUAAAGGGGAUGCGCCAAACGUACGGUGUCCCUCCUGGGCAUGAGCAUUACAGCUGCACGGUCGACAUGUUGUGCCGGGUUGGGCGUCUGGAGGACGCAGUCAGGCUAAUUAGUACGAUGCCAAUGACCCCGCUCGCAUCUGUAUGGGGCUCUCUCCUAGCAGGCUGCCGGAUGUAUGGCAACGUCGAGUUGGCAGAGGUUGCAGCGACAGAGCUUGGGAAGCUAGGUGCCGGUGCUGAUGAGGGUGUCUAUGUCCAGUUGUCCAACAUUUAUCUCGAUGCCAACCGCAAGGAUGACGCUAGGAGAAUCAGGAAGCUGAUUGGCAGCCGGGGGCUCAAGAAGGUCGCAGCGUGCAGCGCAGUAGAGGUUGAUGGCGAGGUUAGCUCGUUCGUCGCUGACGACCAGGUGCAUCCACGCCGCUUCGAGAUAUGGGACGUCCUUGGGCUUCUCGCAGACCAGAUCGGACAGAAGCCAGACGAGGAGCAAGAAGAAACAACCCUGGUAACGUUCUUGUAACAACAAGCAAGAAGAAACAACCCUGGUAACGUUCUUGUAACAACAAACAACAGUGGCGGAGCUAGCCAGCUCAGGAAGCCUGGGCAGAUUCUGAAGGCGUCCACUUUCAAGCAAAUUUUGCCCAAAAAAAUUAGUCUUCUAUCACCCAAUUAGUCUUCUAUCACGCAAUUGACUGGGGUGGCCCGUGGCCGGGCGGUGGCUCCGCCACUGACAAUCAAUGAGUACUGAACAAGAACAACCAACGGCUGACCAAGGAAUAAGGAAGGAACAGAACAGAACAGAAAUGUUUCAGUAUACCUAGUCUGAGUCAGGCUGCCGAACAACGUUACUCCGGGAGAAAGGAGAAAUGUAUCCAUAAGAAUCUUUUUUUCGAAAGGUCCAGCAAAUGCUGCCUUCCAAUAUAUUAGCAGGGAUAUCCAUAAGAAUCUUGAUGUGCUUAAUGCUGCUAAGAGUCGGUUCAGGAUCAUUAGUGUAGUUUUUCUUCUGUGGUUUGGCCAAUGGCUGGGCUGUUGGAGAUUCAAAUUUCUCCAAGCAGGUUUAUUGGAGCACAUGGAUUUACUCCUGGGAAGUGCUCCUAUGCUUUCCAAGAAAAACGAAAUCCACCAAUUUCAAAGCAAAAUAAGCGGUUGUGAUUAUAUAAGGAAGCUGGCAGCGGGCUGCGGCAGCGAGCUCAGAGCAUCUCCAAUGACCUACCCCAAAUUUUGUCUUUAAAUGUACUGUUUUUGUCUGUUUGAGGGAAGUGAACAUGUGUCCGUCCGAUGUCGGCACUCACCGCCCAGUGACGUCCCCCAAGUUUUGUCCCCAAAUAGAUAUUUCUUUUCUCCUCUCCCUCAGAUCCUCGGUAACCACAUCUUGCUCUCCCUGCAAAGAGAAGAAGCACAACAAAUAUCGAUACAGCACCAAAGCAUGAGACCACAAAGAUAUUUAGUUCAAUCUUUUCUCCCCGUUCCAUUCCAUUUUACAGAUCGAUACAAAUUUUAUGCCUAGCAAUAUUCGACCAUCCAUCACAACUGAAGCAAGCAAGAAAAUCUCAAACGAAGUGCAGAAGUGGAUUGUUGUACAAUUAGGAAAGAGAAGAAGGAAUC